AUGAGCAGCGUGCAAUUUGAGAAACGUGAGGAUCACUUCACUUCAAAUGGCAAUGCCCACGAUGAGAGUGACGUGAUUAACGGUUCUCGUAGCGAAGCAGGCUAUGAUUUCAACAUCGAAGCUCCUUCAUCGACUCAAGAGCUUAAUGACUUGGUGUCCCGCUAUCAGCAACUUCUUCAGUUUUCCAGAGACGCUUUCGAAAAGCAUCAGGCGUAUCAGAAAAUUGCCGAUCAGCUGCAGCUGUUUGCAGACGAAAGUGACGUUGAAAGUUUUGUCGACCCUUACGAAAAGGAAUUGAGAAAAAUCGAGACGUGCCUCCUGAAGAUAAGUGCACGCUACGAAAGUUUCGUCGAAGAGGAGGGUGCAUUAGAAAAUGAUAUUCUUCGCUCCCUUGAAGAAACCAGUCUGAUGGAGAACAUUGAUUCAAAUUUAUUGUCCAAGCAGCUUGCGAGCCUUCAAUUACUCCUGAGAAACUUAGACUUGCCGACUCCACUUCAAGUUUCUCUUGAUGAUACAGCUGAUAACACUUCUGAUGAAACGCUGGUUUCGAAAACCUUAAUUCGAGAGAAUAUUCAGGCUGUUUUCGAAAGGCAACAGGAACCCGAUGCUAAUUUCUUGUCAACGUUGAGGUCGCUCGGUUUAGCCCAGUUCCCAACAUCCUCCUCUAUUAUCGGGCAUAAGAUAUCCACUCGGUUACAUGAUUUAGAAAAUCUUCCAGGCAACCUCGGAACGCUCGAUGUACAAAGUGGUACGGAGUCUGAAACGCUGAACAAGCUUAAAGUAAGAGCAUUAAUCGAGUUGAAAGCCCUUCUGGUAAUGGCGAUUCAAAAGAGAUUGAAAAAUGCCAUCUUUAGGAAGAUUUCAUUGACAGCACACUAUGAUUCCCCUGAUCUCAAGAACAACUCAUUGGUAUUGCAGGGGAGAAGAGGCUUUUACAUCAGAGAAAAGAUGAAUCAGCCCAACCCAGAGCUUUUAGCCCUGCAGUUAGAGAACAAAUUCAAGCUUGAAGCUGAUGCGAAAAAGCAUAAACUCCAAGUUGACAAGAUAAACAGAAUCUUAGAGAACACGAGGAUAGCCAAUGAGAUCAAGCUCAAUCGUGUGAAUAAAAAGGCAACGUUAACGAGAUUCAUAAACAAUUUUCAUAAUAAUACUGAGAAGGAUGAAUCGAAGAAAAUGGAAAAGACUGCGAAGCAGCGUUUGCAAGCCUUGAAAGCUAAUGAUGAGGAAGCGUACAUAAAGCUUCUUGACCAAACAAAAGAUCAUAGAAUUACACACUUGUUGAAGCAAACGAAUAGUUUCUUGGACUCGUUGGCAAAGGCUGUUAAGGUCCAGCAAGCGGAACUGGAUGAAAUCGUGCAAGAGGAAGAGGACACUGUCGAUGAAUUGAGGGAAAAGAUCGAUUAUUACCAGGUCGCCCACAGAAUUAAGGAGGAGGUCAAGGCCCAGCCUUCUAUCUUGGUUGGUGGAGAGUUGAAAGAGUAUCAAUUGAAAGGGCUACAAUGGAUGGUGUCUUUGUACAAUAACAAGUUGAAUGGUAUUUUGGCCGAUGAGAUGGGCCUCGGAAAAACUAUUCAAUCUAUUUCCCUCAUCACGUACUUGAUCGAGAAAAAGAAUGAGGACAAGUUCUUGGUUAUUGUCCCGUUGUCUACAAUCACAAAUUGGACUGUUGAAUUUGAAAAAUGGGCACCAUCUGUUAAGGUUAUUGUUUUUAAGGGCUCUCCACAACAGCGUAAGGAGCUUCUGUUCGAUAUUAGAAUGGGAAAUUUCCAAGUGAUGUUAACAACCUAUGAGUAUAUCAUUAAGGAAAGGCCCAUGUUGUCGCGCUUCAGCUAUUCGCACAUGAUUAUCGACGAGGGUCAUAGGAUGAAGAAUGCUCAGUCCAAGUUAUCGGUCACUCUCAAGCAAUAUUAUCGUACCAAAAACAGACUUAUUUUGACAGGUACACCAUUGCAAAACAACUUACCCGAGUUGUGGGCAUUACUUAACUUCGUGCUCCCCAAAAUUUUCAACUCGGUCAAAUCUUUCGAUGAGUGGUUUAAUACUCCCUUUGCGAAUACAGGGUCACAAGAAAAGAUCGAGCUUACAGAGGAGGAGAGCUUGUUGGUCAUCAGAAGAUUACACAAGGUUUUGAGGCCGUUUUUGUUGAGACGUUUGAAAAAGGACGUCGAGAAGGAUCUUCCAGACAAGGUGGAAAAGGUUUUGAAAUGUAAUCUUUCUGGUUUGCAGUAUAUCUUAUAUCAGCAGAUGUUGAAGCACAAUGCCCUCUUCGUUGGUUCCCAGACAACAGGCACCAAUAACAAGUCGGGAAUCAAAGGUUUGAAUAACAAAAUCAUGCAAUUGAGGAAAAUUUGCAACCAUCCAUUCGUUUUUGAGGAAGUUGAAGAUGUCUUGAAUACUAGCCGCCUCACAAAUGACCUUUUGUGGCGGACAUCGGGUAAAUUCGAGCUUUUGGACAGGGUACUUCCCAAAUUCAAGGCUAGUGGCCAUAAGGUGUUGAUCUUCUUCCAAAUGACCUCUGUCAUGAAUAUUUUUGAGGAUUUUUUGCGGCUCAAGGAUAUGCGUUACUUGCGAUUGGAUGGUGCUACUAAGGCGGAGGAUCGUCAGGAUAUGUUAAAAGCAUUCAACAAGCCUGAAUCAGAUUACUUCUGCUUUCUUUUGUCAACGAGAGCUGGUGGUUUGGGGUUGAACUUGCAAAGUGCUGAUACUGUCAUCAUUUUCGAUACCGAUUGGAACCCGCAUCAGGAUUUGCAAGCUCAAGAUAGAGCACACAGAAUCGGUCAAAAGAAUGAGGUCAGGAUUCUUCGUUUGAUUUCAAAUGAUUCCAUCGAAGAAGUGAUUCUUGAGCGUGCUCAUCAGAAGCUAGAAAUUGACGGCAAAGUCAUCCAAGCCGGUAAGUUCGACAAUAAGUCCACUGCAGAAGAGCAAGAAGAAUUUUUGAAGAGAUUGCUAGAUGCUGAACAGGGAGACAAAGAAAAUGAGGAGAAUGACUCCUUAGAUGAUGAUGAGUUGAACGAUAUUUUAGCGAGAAGCGAAGACGAAAAAAUCUUAUUCACAAAGAUGGACACCGAUCGGAUGGUGAGGGAGAAGGUCGAGGCACGCCAAGGUGGCUAUAGCAGUCGUUUGAUUCCGAAGGACGAGCUUCCCCCUGUUUUCACAGAGGAUAUCUCACAUCACUUCGAAAGAGAUACAAAAGAGUUGUCUCGGAUGCGUGAAAAGAAGAAGGUGAAAUACGAUGACGGUUUAACGGAGGAGCAAUGGCUCAUGGCGAUGGAUGACGAUAAUGAUACUGUGGAGGAUGCAAUUCGUCGUAAGGAAGAGAAGCGUGCAAGGAGGAAAAGAAAAGCUGCUAAUGGAGAGCUGGAAGAACCAGGUGAUUCAGAUGAUGGUGACGAAGAGUCUGAUGGCGAAGUGCAGCGGAAGCGAGCCCGCCGGGAAACCACUAGUCCUGUUGACCCCGAGGCUGUACAAAACGGGGACGACGGAUUAUCUGCUAGAUGUCUUAGCGUGCUUGAUCACAUUCAGGAAAUGCAGUCCAACAGGGAUGGUCACAACCUUGCAGAAAUUUUCCUUCGGUUACCAUCCAAGAAACUCUAUGCUGAUUACUACAAGGUCAUUAAACGUCCUACCGCGAUAAGCCAGAUUCGAAAGCAUAUUUCGCAGGAACGUUACGACUGCUUCGAGGCUUUUAUUGACGAGCUCAAACUCAUGUGCUCUAAUGCUAAAACUUAUAACGAAGAAGGUUCUUGGGUUUUCCAAGAUGCUGAAGAGAUUGAGGAAUAUGUGAAUAGUCUAUAG